CCAAUUAAGACCAACCCACUCAAUAUGUGAUUAUGACAUAAGGAUAUGUGAGGUAACCCAUGGACAGGUAUCUAAAACCUUGGGCUUUCUUCUUGGGAUCACUGUGAAGCAGGUCUAAGAUGGUGACACAAAGCAUGGAGUGCCUUGCAGUUCUUCUUGCAGUUGUCUUCAUUUCAUGUGAUGCUGCAUCAGUUGGUGUGUUGGAUGAGGCAGCUGAUUUGCUGUCCUGGACACAGCCCAACCUUCCCCCAGGAGUGUCACCUGAGGAAAUGGGAGGUAAAUUUGAAGGUGAUAUGGAUCUUGACCCUAGCCUCUUUAAACACAGAAAUGCCAUGAAAAAUGACUUCCAGCGAUGGCCCAAUGGUGUUGUACCUUACAUUAUUGACAGCUCAUACCCAUCCUACGCCUCUGAUAUCAUAGUGGAAGCCAUGAGAGAACUAGAACAGAAAGUGGCAGUGGGCAACAUUUAUUGUAUAAGGUUUACGCCACGUAGAAGUGAAUCAGAUUACAUCCAUGUCAGACCUAUUUCAGGAUGCUUUUCUGGUGUUGGAAAGUUUGGUGGAAAACAGGAUGUGUCUUUGGGCCGUGGCUGCCUUCAGAAGGGAACUGUCAUGCACGAGUUGCUGCACACCCUUGGUUUCCAUCAUGAACAGAGUCGUUAUGAUAGAGACAAUUAUGUGACUGUAGUCUACAGUAAUAUUCAAUCAGGUAAAGAAUCUGAAUUUGAGAAGUAUAGUGCUGGCGAAAUCCAACAUUUCACCCCCUAUGACUAUGGUUCCAUCAUGCAUUAUGGGGCAUACUACUUUGCCAAGGACAGGUCAAAGCCCACCUUGGUUGCCAAGAAGUCUGGAGUCACCAUCGGCCAGCGUGUAGGACUCAGUUCUAGUGAUAUUGAAGAUGUGAGGAAGUUCUACAAGUGUACUGCCUCUGGAGCUCAAACUUCAUACACCACACCUAAACCAGGUGCCUAUCUUUCAAGCUGCACCUUUGAUAGAAACCUGUGUGGCUGGGGCCAGGACCGGUCAGAUGACAUGGACUGGACAUUAACCUCAGGCAGUACACCAUCUAGCAAUACAGGACCCACAGCAGACCAAAGUGGUAGUGGAAAAUAUGUGUAUGUGGAAGCUAGUGGAUACUCUGGAAAGACAGCACGCCUGCUGUCACCAGCUGUUAUGGGAUAUGGUUCUUCCACCCGAUACUGCAUUGACUUCUACUAUCACAUGUAUGGUGCCAACAUGGGAACUCUGAAGAUUGGUGUCAAGUUUGGCUCUGAUUACAGAGCAUUGACAACAAUCAGUGGAGACAAGGGGACAAGAUGGAGACAUUUCUUGCUCACUGCCAAUAUUGGAUAUUCUGGAGAAUUUAAUUUCUAUGUAGAAGGUAAAACUGGAAAUGGAUGGAGAAGUGAUAUUGCUGUGGACAACAUAAAAAUCUCCUAUGGAAAAUGCUGAAGUUUACCAAGUCAAAAAAAGACAAGAAUGAUUAAGAUGAUUUAUAA